AGGACCGUUUUGAUUUUUAUUAAUGACCCAUCGGAAAAAGACUCAACUACGGUGGAACCCAAACCCCAGAUCUGUCGACGAACCAUGCCGCCCAGAAGCAAAAUUACUCCGGCUGUCGUACUCUGGGCUCUACUUCUCUUCGGAACCCUAGUUAUCGUUCUGAAUCGGAUUAGCGAUAGUGGAAUUGCUUCAGAUCAGAAAUCUCAGCUCAAUCGCAAGGUAAAGGGGUCAGGUGGAGAACAUGAUGAAGUUACACACAAGGUUUAUUUUGAUGUGGAGAUUGAUGGAAAGCCCAUGGGACGCAUAGUCAUGGGUCUCUAUGGAAAGACAGUGCCAAAGACAGUAGAAAAUUUUAGAGCUCUUUGCACAGGGGAAAAAGGAAUCGGGAAGAGUGGAAAACCGCUCCAUUACAAAGGGAGUAAAUUCCAUAGAAUUAUUCCAAGCUUUAUGAUUCAGGGAGGUGACUUUACGCGUGGUGAUGGGCGCGGUGGAGAAUCGAUCUACGGUGAAAAGUUUGCUGAUGAAAAUUUCGAAUUGAAACACACCGAACCUGGAGUUCUGUCUAUGGCGAAUGCCGGACCUGACACAAAUGGCUCUCAGUUUUUUAUUACCACGGUUAUAACCAACUGGUUGGAUGGACGACAUGUUGUGUUCGGUAAAGUGGUAUCAGGAAUGGAUGUUGUUCACAAGAUUGAAGGUGAAGGGAGACAAAGCGGUACACCUAAAACCAGUGUCGUCGUUGUUGACAGUGGUGAAUUACCCUUGUGAUAGACAUCAAUAAGCUCUGAUCUUUCUGUAUUAUUUGUAAAAUCAACAUAACAAAUUCUGUAAUCAAAUAUUAACCUCAUACAACACCACCGUUUGAUUAUCUAACUCUGACUCAUGUCAUCUUCAUCAGUCUCCGAUCUCCGUUGAUGAAACACGGUGGAUAAGUCCGUCUCGGAGUAAAGCAAGACGAUUCUCGAAAUGUUGUUAUUGAUCUCGAAAGCUAAGGGUGUUUGAGAUUUGAAUAGCGGGAAAUGUGUUUGUUUUGAAUCAGUUUAGUUAAACAUGUAUAGAAUCGUGUUUAUGUGUAAAUUGUGUUUGUGAUAGAAGUUGAUGAUGUGUAAA